AGGGCGCAAUUGUGGGCAAUUGAAGUGUUUCAAGUGUCAGAGAAAAAGUUUUUUUGCUCCGCAUUUUCCGAGUGAUUUUUCCCCGGAAAAAGCGUACGUGCGUGCGUGAAAAGUAGCGAAAAACUUAGUUUUAGGGCUUGUGAAUCGAAUGCACAAUGUGAAAUCGGUGAAAAGUGUGCAAUUUGUGUGGAAAUUUGUGGAAAAUCAAACUUGUGUUUUCAACCUGAUUGGCUGCACUCUUCUAACCGCAUUGGAAUACUCAAUCUUUGGCAUUUAAUCCUCCUGAAGAGGUGGUGAGAGUUGGGUUGUGGUGAGACUGAGAGAUGACUGUGAAGGAGGAGGUACAAUAGAAGAAAAAGUCAAGAGGAGAAAAGUUGAGAUUAUGGCCUGAAGAAGCGUAUAGUGUGGAGGAAUUAUUCGAGAGAGAGAAAAAAGAAAAAAACAAGAGCGGGCAAUAAUAUACCACAACGAAGAAGACAUGUCGAGCACAAAUGGUGAGAGCAACGUAAAGAUGCAGUCGCAUGAGAUUUAUGAGAAUCUGCCAUGUCAGUCAAUUGUGUCGGAUUCAGUGACAAAGAUAAAAAACAACGAGUCCAUCAUAAUUAGCAAUAGCAAUCAAAAUGUGGCAUCAAAGCCCAAUUUGGCCAAAGAAUUGCUCUAUGCAACACCACUGAGAAAGUCCGAUCGUUUCAAGAGUCGCGAUCGUGGAAGUCAUAGACCUGUGAGACCGAGUCACUUGGAGGGAUUCACGGAGGUGCCGCAGGGUGCGGAGAAGGUGAAUAAUGCGGAAAACAAUCGAUGUGAAUCGCUGCCAUCGGCCGAAGGGAGUAAUUUAAGUUCAAUACCCAAUCAAGAUCCCAUACUUGAGCAGAGGCGCAUUAGAAAUUUCCUCAAAGAUCCCGCUGUGUCCCACAAGAAACUCGAGCCAGUGUCCAAAGAUAAUCCCAAUGCGAAUUUCUCCCAUCUUGCCCGGGAAGAGCAUUUUGCAAAUCUCGUCCAACAGAAUGUACUUACGGAGGCGAGAGCAGAAGCUCACGGGCAAUUGGCAGGAGAAGCCGCACAGAGUCCGGUGAAGAGUAGUGAAACGGGGAAUUUGGACUAUCUCACAAGCAUCAACAAUAAACCAUUACCUGAGAAGGAGAGCACAUCGAAGGUGAAUGAAUCCGAUGGGAGAGCAGGAGGUGAUCGGGUAUAUAUUAAUCGCGAGUGGGUUCUGAAGAAGAUUGCCAUGUGCUUGGAACAGCGAAUCUUCAAGAAACCCAUUCCAACGCCAGGUGGAAGCAGUGGGAGUGAAGUAGCACCAUCACUACCCAUUGAAACGGCAUCCGGAAGCUCUGCAUUCCCACCAAAAGCUUCAUCGAGUCACCAUCAAGCGUCAAAUUUACCCCAAGUUGGAUGCCUCGUGAUGGGUUCCAAUGGAUCGGGUAAAACAUCAGUCUGUCGCAGUAUUCUCGAAGGUGUGUCCGGCACACGAGGCAUCCUCAAUCGCAAACUACUCUGCUGCUACUUCAUCAAUUCCCAGAAUCCCGAAUGCAAUAGCCUCAGUAUGUUUGUGAGGAGUCUUGUACUUCAGAUUCUCAGUCAUUCCAGCUAUCUAUCGUCGAAAGAUGAGGCAGCGGCCGAAUUGGGAGCUGAAGAAGUGGAUUUGAUAACAUUCGAAGGGAAAAAGAUGGAUAAGGCGAAAAUUGAUGAAUUGGAGGAGAUGCUGAUCUCGGAACUGAAGCUGUCGGAACGUGUGGCGGAAUUUUGCGCCAAAAAAUCACCCACAGGGAAGAAGUCCGUCGUGAGACAGCAAUCAGAGCCCACAGAGAAUCGUGAUGCGGAGGACAGAUGCUGUGGAUAUGACACCCACCCACCAAUUCAAAAGGCUGAAAAGGCACGAAAGCCCCUUGUGGAGGAGAUUGCAGAGGAGGAGGCUAAAGUCAAGAGUCCCGGGAAGAAGAUAUCGAAAAUUCCCAUUUUGAUCUCAAACCGUGGUAGCCCCAAGGUUAGUGUGUGUCAGGAUGAUAAUGAUUCAGCUGGGGCAAGUGGUGGGGCUGAACAGGUGACACAGCAGAACUCUGUGACUGAAGAGCAGGAGGGAACAAGUGAGGCUGACACUUUUUCAGCUCCUGAAGCUGAUGGGCGUCCACCCAUACAGCCGGUGGAGAAGACUGAGAAGGUUGAGAGUGAACAAGCAGAAGCUGAAGCCGCAGAAACGGCUGAAACUGCAAAAUCCCCAGCACCAGAGACUCCUAGUAAAUCAGAAAAUAUCCCACCUCCACUUCCAAAGUCCAAAAGUUGCAGAACUGUCGUUGCUGAUGGAUACUAUGAGAUGCUUCUGAGCAAUCCGGAGAUUUUUGAGAGUCUCAAUGUGGAUAAUAUUGAAAAGAACCCGGAUGAGUGCUUCAAGAAGGCUAUUCUCUUCCCACUGCUUGAGCUAACACCCCCAAAGACAGCCCUUCUCUUCCUUGUGGAUUCAAUUGAUGAGAAUUACAUCAACGAGGGUAGUCUCAUGUCCACCCUCAAGGGGAAUCGAAGUGUAAAUAAGAGUCGCAAUAUUGCUGAAUUGCUAUCAAAUCAUGUCAAUCUCUUCCCAAAGUGGAUGUUUCUCGUGUGCACAGCUAAGAAGCAGAGUAAGCACAUCACAAAGAUGUUCACAGGUUUCAAGAAGAUCACCCUCGAUGAUCUCCGGAAGAGUCAUGUGGUGAAGGAUGUGCAGGAGUAUAUAAUUGUGCGACUCAAUGCAGACUUUAAGGGACUGAUAAAUCUCACAAAAGACAUUAUUGAUAGUCUCAAUCAGCUCUAUCUCAAAUCAAAUGGAUGCAUUUUGUAUUUGCAAAAAGUUCUCAAUGGGAUCAAGGAGAAUUUCUUCUCAUUUCGCGAAAUAAAACUCAUUCCUUGCACACUCAAUGGGCUCUACUUGUACAUUUGUCAGAAAUCCUUCAAUAAGAAGCAGUACAUGAAGAUUCGUCCAAUACUCAAUAUCCUUCUUGCAUGCAGCACCUUUGUGGAUCAAAUGUUCAUCUUCAAUUGCCUCCGAACGCACAACUACAGCAUUGACAUGGAGGAAUUUCAGAAGAGGGUGCAAUUAAUGCGAAAUAUUGUCGUCCAUGAGGGUGAUAAGCUCAAAAUAUUCCACAAUUCCUUCUGCGAUUGGUUGGUGGAUGUUAAAUUCUCCACGAAAAAAUUCCUGUGUGACGUUAACGAGGGUCACGUAAUGAUCUCAAUGUACUUCACCCUUGUCAGUGAUACCCUCUGCCCCAAUAAAGUCCGUCGCUUCAUCUACCACCUCAUUAAAUCCGGAGAGUAUCUCACGAGUAAAAAUAUAAAUCUCGAUCUCAUUCUAAUUCUUCUGGAUUCACGAACAAAUCUCAGUGAUUGCUUCUACACAAACCUCCUCAAUUGCUGCAAGACGUGCGAAAAUGAAUGCAUGAAUGACAUUAAUUUCCUGCCAAAGACACAGGAGAUGCUUGAGAAAUUCCUCAAUUCGCAACUCAAUCAGGAUUUAUCCAACUUCCUCUGUGACUUCUUCAAACCCAACCUACCAACGGAUGCGAAAACCCUCAAAAUGCUCAUCGAAGCGGGAAUUAACAAUGCCGAAUCGCAGCUGUCGUAUGAGUCAUCAAUUAAUUCACCUGUACUGUCGGACAAAUCGCAGAAUAUUGACUCAGAAUUGGCAGAGUUGCUCAUCUCAAGCGAGAGAAGCUGUCACCAUGAGGUGCAGAGAUCAACGAGUCAUGCUGGUGGGGCUGAUCAGUCACUCACGCUUGACGACGCGAGUACAAUGCAGCAAAUGUCGGACUCCCAUUGCCUGGAAUUGCACAAGGGUAAGGCUCUGAUUCAUCUAUUGGCCAACGAAGGGAAUCACCUGCUGCUAGAUCGAGCCCUCAAGGCGUGCAAAGACCCCAUUGAUCUUGAGAUUGAGGAUGUAAAUGGACAGACAGCACUCAAUAUUGCCAGCCGGAAUGGUCACAUUGAAGUUGUGCGGCUUCUGUUGAAUUUCACCCAACCACUGGCCGAUGGGACGGGACGUGUACGCGGUGUGGAUGUGAAUCAUGCCGAUCGCGAUGGAUGGACACCGCUUAGAUCAGCAUCCUGGGGUGGACAUACGGAAGUUGUACGGCUACUCAUCUCUCAUCCAGGAUGUGCCAUUGAUUGUGCCGAUAAAGAGGGCAGAACGGCCCUAAGAGCAGCUGCCUGGAGUGGGCAUGAGGAUAUUCUCAAGAUUCUCAUUGAAGCCGGUGCAAAUGUCAAUUCAGUGGACAAACAGGGACGUACAUCACUUAUUGCUGCUUCCUACAUGGGUCAGUAUGACAUUGUGGAGAUUCUCCUCGAGAAUGGAGCUGAUGUCAAUCAUCUCGAUUUGGAUGGAAGGAGUGCGCUCUGUGUUGCAGCUCUCUGUGGAAGUUCUGGGUACAAUCGAGUGAUUUCAACAUUAUUGGAGCAUGGAGCGCAUACAGAUCAGCUUGAUAAUGACGGAAUGUCUGCUCUUCUGGUCAGUUCGUUUGAAGGAAAUGCAGAAAUUUGUGAGUUAUUGCUUGAAAAUGGAGCUGAUCCCGAUUUAGCGGACUACAUGGGAAGAACGCCUCUGUGGGCUGCUUGUACAGCAGGUCAUGCUCCCGUUGUGCGUCUCCUUCUCUUCUGGGGAUGCAGCAUUGAUUGCAUGGACUCUGAAGGACGUACAGUCCUGAGUAUUGCAGCGGCUCAGGGGAAUUUGGAGUCAGUGCGGCAAUUGCUCGAUCGAGGACUCGAUGAGACUCACAGAGACAAUGCGGGGUGGACGCCACUUCAUUAUGCAGCAUUUGAGGGUUAUGCCGAUAUCUGUGUUCAGCUUCUUGAGUCCGGGGCAAAGAUCGAUGAAUGCGACAAUGAGGGUAAGACGGCUCUUCAUCUAGCCGCUCAGGAAGGGCACAAUAGCGUGGUAGAGGCUCUCUUGGAGAUUCAUUCUGCGUGUGUGGAUCAGAGGGCACACGAUGGGAAGACUGCCUUCAGGCUAGCCUGUCUUGAAGGGCAUUUUGAGUGCAUCCAGACGCUACUAAAGUAUGGAGCCGAUGUCAAUUCCAGAGAUGCGGAUUCCCGUACAACGUUGUACAUUCUUGCGCUGGAGAAUAAGGUGAAGAUUGUGAAAUUCCUUCUGGAGUAUGCCAAUUUGGAUGUGAAUUGUGCUGACAGUGAGGGACGUGCAGCUCUGCACGUGGCUUCGUGGCAGGGGCAUGCUGAAAUGGUGAGACUCCUCAUUACAGCGGGGGGAGCUGAUGUGAAUGCCAUGGAUUUGGAGUGUAGAACUCCUCUCCAUUCGUGUGCCUGGCAGGGAAAUCACGAAGUUAUGGAUAUUCUCCUUUGCUACGGUGCCGUACCCGAUCAUGCGUGCAAACAAGGUGCCACGGCAUUGGGAAUAAGUGCUCAAGAGGGUCAUGAGCAGUGUGUGGCGAUUCUCCUGCAAUUCGGGGCGAAUCCCUACAAGUCUGAUCAUUGUGGUCGAACACCAAUUAAACUUGCGGCUAAGUCAAAUAGAAAUAAUGUCUUGAGGAUACUGGAAACUUUUGCCAAGAGCAGCAGUGAGCAUCCGUUGGUGAUUAAAUCCCCAGAUAGGCACGAUAAGCCACCCAUUGGGAGCAAUCCAUCGCCCAAUUCAUCCAAUUUAAUGGUACCCAAUGUGGCCAGUGCCACGGGGUCGACGCAGAGUAGUAAUUUCUAUGAGAACACAAUGCAUUCUGACCACAGUAGUCUGCAGAAGAGGAAGAGUGUUAUUUCAAGUCAUUCAACUGGGAGCAGCAAUGAGGUUCCAAUCUCCUUUACCCAACAACUUCAGAAGCACUCAAGGCAUCAUGGAUCAAGGAGCACCCAAUCGAGUCACGGAGGAGCAAUUGUGGUCACAAAUAAUGGAAAAUUCACCAAGAAUCCCAUGAAACACGCUCAGGUUCUACCAAACGUACAGGAAUAUCAUCAAACUAAUAUUGUAAACGAAGCUGAUUUAUUUGAUUUGGGAUGCAUGUCACCCCUUUAUGCUACACCACCGCAUUCACCUAGCAGCGAUAUCAGCUCUCCGGGUCAGCACAUGCCACCGCAUCAUUUUGAGGAGAUUGGUGGCAUUGCCGGGGGAACAACGAAUAUGUCAUCCAAUUCGACAGACCAACAUUUUGCCAGGGAUACGCAUAUGCGAAUAAUUUUGGGAAACAACAAGGAUUCCAAUGCUCCAUCGAAAUCCUCCAAGAGGAGCGGAAUAGCGACAAAUCCAGCAGUUCGAAUGAUUCGAAGUCGCUUCGAUUCAGCAGCAAAUCUAAUUCGACGCACAAAUAAUAUCCUCUCCUCGAACAGCAAUCAAGGAUCAUCGAGUAUUGGUGUGAAAUCGGGGACUUUUCAGUGGCGCAAAGAGAGCCAAAUGUAGACAGGACUUUGCAUUUUUCUUUCUUUUUUUUGGAAUUUUUUAUAUUUUUGUUUUAACAUACUGGCCAAGCCGAGCAAAGACAAAGAAAAACCCCUCGCUAUGAGGCCUAACUUUCUGUAAUGAACUCUGAGGACUUUUUAUUUAAAAUAAUUUUCAUAUUUUUUUUUAGAGAUUUUCCUUUUUUAUCGCAGAACAAUCUCCAUUUUGGAGGGCACAGAACAAUUUUAAUAUUAGAACAAAAACGAGCAAUUUUAAACAAAGGCUAAAAGAAAAUAUUUUCAUGUUUUAUUUUUUUCCCCGAACAUGAAAAUUAUUUUUAAGAUGACAUUAUUAAUGAAAUAGACAAGUAUAUAAAAUAUAUAAACUGAUUAGAUAAGAAAAAAACAAAACAUAUUAGGACGUAAAUGGUAGGUUUAGUGUGAGAGAGAAGGGAGAAAGUUUUUAAAAAAAAAAACGAGGUGAAAUUUAUUUAUAUUCUAUUUAUUUACUUUUAUUAUUUUAUAAAUGAUUUUUUUUUAUAUAAAAGAAUUAUAAAAAGAACCCCCUUUAAAUUCUAGUCGUGAUCGACAGUGUAUCAGAGCUGUUUGAUUCAUUUUUUUCUUUAUUAUUUCUUUCAUAUUUUUUUUUUAAAGAAAGAAUGAUUUUUUUUAAAUCACUGAGAUAGGAGUUUUUUUUUAAUUAAUAAAAUCAUAAAUUGAAAACUAAUCUAAACAUCUACUCAACUUCCCAUGGAGAUGAUAUAGAAUUUUCUCUUUCAACUCAAGCAAUGACGUAAAAAUAUAUUUACAUUUAUUGUAACAUUUAGAAAAUAAUUUUUAAUGCCAAUAGAUUUUCAAGAGAUAUUUCUUCAGACAACAAUAAAAAAAUUAAGAAUUUAAAAAUUAUAGAUUUCUCAAAAAGAAACAUUUAAGACAUGUUUAAGAUCUCAAUUUGCUGAAACAUUAGAUUUUUGUCUUUUACAUACAAAUAAAAUCCAGUCAUAAAGGAGCCUAUUCAAUUGUGUUCGUGUCAUGAUCUCUUUUUUGGGGAAACGCAGAAGAAACAUAAUCUUGAUACAGAAACCACCAAAUAGAUUUAUUUUCCACUGGAAUUACAAGCUAAGAGGCAACGAGUUGAUAAAAAAAUGCAAAAAUGACGUCAAUAUUGGGUUUCAUAGUUCUUUAAAUGCAUGAAACAUUCGCACUGAUGUUUCGUUAGUGAAUAUUGAAAGUUUUUUUGAACUUUUUUUCUCUCAAAAUGUUUUUUGAGAUCUCUACAUCCCAAAUAAUAGUCUAAAUGUAAAUGUUUCAAAGAUAACUUAUCAAAAAUGAUCGAUGAAACAUUAGGGAGUAUGUUUCACAUGUUUAUAGACAAGAAAUACAACAAAUACGUCAUUAUUUGAUAUUUGGAUAAAUCUUUGCUGGUUUAACGGCUAAUCUGAGUGGAAAAGUUUCUUUAUCGAUCCCUUAAAUAAGAGAUUUUCCCAUAGAGAAACGAAUAAACUCCUUUUCACACAACUUUAUGAAUUCUUUGUAGAAAAAGGAAAUAUUUAACGAGAGUUUUAGGCCAAGCUGAGUUUACAAUUAGAUUGAUUUACAUUAUGAGAAAGACAAAAAAACAUUUCACGUAAUGUAAAUAAUAUUGGUUUGAGACUUGUUAUACCAGCGCCUUUAUUACACACAACAAAAGAAGAAAAACGGAAAUAAAAAAAAGAAUGAUAGAAAUCUAUGAAUAUAUUUGACUCACAAAGAAAUUAUAUUAUAUUAAAAAUGAAAAGAGUAUACAGAAAAUGCAAAUUUAUGACACUAACAAGAGUAGGAAAUAAUGGAAAUAAUAAAGGAAGAGAAAAAUAA